AUGGAUGGACAAGUCGAAAUCAAUGAUGACCAAGAUGAGGGUUUCACCGUGACAAGAAGAUUAAACAUCCAGUUGACCGGUGUUGGGGGUGAUUUCUCCCAGAAUUCUGCCAGCCAAAAAGGGCAAGGAAGUCAAACCCAUGAUAAACUGAUAAAAUUAUAUGGUAUGGCAGGCCGUCGACAUUUCUUAAAAGUGCUUCAAGUAAUUCUUAAGAAACAACUAGAAAUUGUGUGUUCUGAGUUGUUGAAACUCGACGUUGAUUUAUCUAAGCAGGUGGAAUCACAGGUCAAAUUAUACUGGGUACGUCUUAUAGAUCGAUUUUGGAAUGUUCAUGGUGAUAAACCAACCCAUACUCAAACCCAAACUCAAAUAACCCAAGCCAUGGAAGACGAUAAAAGAACUGUCUCCUUAUCCGAUAAAAGUGAACCUCAAUUGUUUCUACCAGAGGAUAGUAGCAGUGAGGAUGGCAGUACAAUUGGUAAUGAGGAUGAAAGCAACAAAGAAAAAGAGAUUGAUGUAGAAGAAGCAUCUGCAACAGAGGAAGCCACAGAAGAAGCCAAUUCUGCAACACAAGAAGCCACUGCUUCAACACAAGAAGUCACUAUCUCAACAAUUGAUACACAAGUUGAAAGUACUGGUAUAUCAGAGAAUGAAGAAGCACCUGUUACAUCCGAAACCGGAUCUUUCUCUAUAACAAAUGAAAGAACCCAAAAGAAGGUCCCUGCUAAGCUUAUAGAUGCGUUAUGGGAUCCAUUGGAGACGCCAUCGCUCAAUGCUGUUGAGAACAUUCUUUACAUCAGCAUGAAUCGGACUCUAGAGAACCUUGAGAACACAAUUAACUCAAAAGAAGUAUCUGCACUGACUAGAAAGUCAACUCAGAAGAAAUACCAAGAUGCCAAAGUUUCAUUAACUCGGAACUGGCUCGAUAGCAAUGAUCCCAAGUCGUUUAUGUCACGAUUACGCAUGACUAAACUUCCAUCCAAAACUGUUUUAGUUGGAGGAAAAAGGUCAGAGUCAGAACUGGAUCCUAUGUUAAUGUACGACAGAUUACGUCGACAACGUCAAGUGAUGGAAACGUAUUUACUGGCGGAAAUGAAUCAAUUGCAUGAAUUGGAACGAACCUACAAAAAACUAGAGACACUGUACCAACUGGAUAGCAAAUACCUAAAUGACUAUAAGCGGAUUGUGGAGGUGGAUACUAAACGGAUGGCUACAGAAAUAACAAAUAACAGACAACAAUUGGGAGUCAGUGGAAUGGCAGACUCAUCUAAUUCUCGUUCACUUUCGAAUAAGAAACUAAAGGGGAGAUCAAAAUCGGCCUUCAGCCCUGAAACAGAUAAGGAUGUUCAGGAUAUCUUGCAUUUGUUUCAAAGCAAACUUGUGAAAGACAAGGCACCUCACUCACUGAGCGAGCUCUCACAAAAGAUUGACAAGGUAUUCAGCAUUCUCUUCAAAGAAGGGUCAUGA